UCAGAUCUGCAGCUUGUAACCCAGUGAACGACUUGUGUGAUAAAGGGAUUUCAUGGACAGAUAAGGGUGUUCAGCAAAGUACAGAACAACUCUUCUCUAACCUCCAAGACCCUCAUUCAACUCAGUCACCCGUGUGGCUGUUCUGUUGUCAGUGCAAGCUCAUGCCAGUGAUGGACUACAGCCGGAUGGGCACUAACCUUAGCUGGCAUUCACAAAACAGCCUUCCUCCUUACUGAGACCAGCUCCACAGAAUGCUGAGUCCUAUUGUCCCCUAUAGCCUGUUAAAGAUGCACUGGAACCCAGAGCAUGCCCAGUCCCUCAGCCAGUGGCCUGAGCAGCACCUGGAUGUCUCCUCCACCACCUCCUCUCCGGCCCACAAGUCAGAAUUCUACUCUGGCCGUAGCCGCAGCUCUUACAAUUAUGCCUGGGCCAAUGAUGACAUCUCUGCCCUUACAGCCUCCAACUUGUUGAAGCGCUAUGCUGAGAAGUACGCUGGCGUGUUGGAUUCACCAUAUGACCGGUCUUCUGCUGUGGGCACUUAUGCAGAGCCAGGGGUGUUUGGGAGCCUAAACAACCAAAAGUCUGAGCUGGAGCCUUGGCCACUGACACACAGCACUGAAGCCUCCUAUCCCCUGGGGCCCCCUGGAGGCCAUGAUGGCCUUUCGGGGGCCAAGACUGCAGCCGCGUCCGCGGGCCCUCCAGGGAUUAGUAGUGUGUCAGUAUUGAACAGUAACCUCUCAGACUCGGGUUACAGUGGCAGCAGCUCCUGUAGUGGUUCCUCUGAAUACCCCUCUAGCUACAAUGGCACGUAUCUUUCCUCAGGUUUUUGUCCGCAACCCAGUGCAGCACUUCCCCCUGCCUCCCUCCACACUCUUCAAUCCACCCCCACUCUUGUGCCCAGCUAUAGCCCUGCCACGCCAGUCUACAACUACCCCCCUAGCACAUACCCUCCUCAGACCAGUCUUGCUCCUAGCUACAGCCACCCCUCUUCAACUUACCUUCCCUCAGGUCUGCCGGCUCCUACUCCUGUUCCCUCAAGGCCCACUGUGGUAGGAGGCAGCUAUAGUUACCAGAGCACUAGCCUUGGGACAUCUGAGUCUGGAGUGACAUUAAAAAGAAAAGCUUUUGAGAUGAGUGUUGAAGAAGAUGAGAGUGGAGACAGGUCGCGGUACAGGAAAUAUAGCUAUGACCCUGUGAAGGCUGGGGGAAACUCACCCUACAGUGUUAAUGACAAAACAGAGUGCCAUGGAAAUGGCUUCAGCAGUUCAGGCAGCACAGACCCUCAGACCUUCAAGUCCAGCAAGCCCUCCUCCCAGCCCCUAGUGUCUCCUCAGUUUGGGGCAGCAGGACAAUACAGCCCUCCAGCAGGUAUGACGGGGGAGAAUGGUGUGACAGAACAGGGAUUCACCCAGCAGCAGCAGCAGCAGCAGCGUGCCCAGGCUGUCAAACACCCUCCAUUAUGUGCUCCAACUGCUGAGACUAUGAAGAGUCCAGACCCUCGACUGUUGGACCUUGUCAAUGGGGAGUUAUUGGACUGUAUCCCCGCAUUGGGCUGGGGUGAACUGGCUGGACUCACACAUGUCAAAGCUGCCCUGGAGGAGGACCUAAUGUGGCCCGUGUUGAGGCCAAGUCCAGUGGUGCGGCCACCAAGAACCGUCCUGCUGUUUGGCCCCAGGGGAGGGGGUAAGACGACACUGACUCGUUCACUGGCUUCACAGUUAGGGGCCUCUUUCUACCCUUUGAGUGGAACCAUGUUGGCCUCUAAAGGGCAGCCUGAGGCAGAACGCAUUCUGGGGUCUCUGUUGCAGGUGGCAGGUGCACGGCAACCCUCAGUUGUGCUACUUAGCCAGGUGGAGGCCAUGGAAGAGGAGGGUAUGAGGCAGGUACUGCUGUCUACCCUGGAGAAAGCUCAGGUGGGGACCACAGGUCUGGUGAUUCUCAUAUGUGCCACCGGAAGGCCAGAUCUGCUGCAAGAUGCUGUUCAUCGGAGCUUUGCCAAGCGAUAUCAUGUUGGCCUACCAGAUGUGGCUAUGCGCCGACAGGUGCUGCUGCAGGCGCUGUCGCCCCAAGGCUGCAGCUUGAGCGAAAGGGAGUUGAAUGCUGUGCUGCAGCGCACAGAGGGCUUCUCUGUGCGGGAACUGCUGCAGCUCAGCCAGCAGGUGCUCUCCUCAGCAUCCUCCUCAAGUGGACCCAUACAUGGCCUCACGACAUCCAGCAAGCCCCCCGACUUUACAGACUUUGAGAAUGCCUUCUGCAAGGUGCGGCCACACACCACUGCAAAGGAACUGGACACUUGUGUAGAGUGGAGUAAGAUGUAUAGCCACUGAGAAAGCAGCCAGUCACUGUACUUGGACUGCAUUAUGACCCUGUCUCUGCAUUGGCAUAGAAAGCCUUUGGAAUGUUUUUUUUUUUUCGUAAUUACUUACAGAUUAUUCAGCCAAAAGAGCCAGAGAAGCUCAGAAAUAUGGGAGAGCUGACAAAGUUGUUUCACUGGCAGAAGCAUGCAAUGAUGUGCUAUUUUGUUUUGCUGUAAAUACCUGCAAUAUUUUGUUUUUCCCAAAGAAAAAUAAGGAUGGGCCUUGUUAAGUGUGUUCGUUGUUUGGCCAAUGGGAAAAUCAGAUGGCUAUUUUAUGACUCAGAGAUCCUGAUUAGCCUGUGUCCAGGACAAAAUCAUUUAUUUGUUGCAAGGUGAAGCGGUCCAAGCUUAUGGAUAAUCAGGGUUUGGAAAAUCCCCCCCUUUGGCUGCUACUCUCAGGAUCCUAUUUAUUACCAGUCCACUUCCAUGCUUUCCUAAUGUUGAUUUAGUCAUUGAAUUGCCACUAAUCAUUCAGUGCAAAGGGCUCGGGAUCAGCAACAUUUCAGCAAACCAGUUUUGACCAAAAAAACAAAACAAAAAAACUUGUCAAACCAAAUACAAAAGCAGCAGUACUCUUAAAUUUUUCCAAACGGGCUAGUUCUUAAAAUCAGUGUAUUAUUAUUGACAGCUUGUUACCAAAUCAUGAAACAGCAGCUUCUCCUUAAUAUUUUGCAUCGUUAAUUUCCUAUCAUGUUAAAGUUCACAUACUUAAUUUUUUAUCAUACACAUUCCACAUCAACUGCAGUUUCCCUCAGAAUCCUAAUUUGAGCAACGCUAAUCCACUUACACAUCCAGCUUCUCCUUCUGCAUGUCUGCUUUUCUGUUACACUUACUCCUUCUUUUUUUUUUCUUCAUAAUAUGUAGUCUUGUUUGAAAUGCUCAGGAAGAAUUUCUUUACCUCAGAAAUAUGAAAUAAAGAAUGUAUGUAAUCGUAGGGUCUUAGUAGAGAGUGAUGCAGAGUGAGAUAAAGGUGCAAGGAGAAACCUGACAGUCUUGUAAUACCCACUUCAGCGGGGCUUUUACCUCGGAAAAGAAACUUGAAUCUGCUACAAAGAGUAACAUUGAAUGUAAUUCAGGUAUUUCAAAGGAUUUUUGAUGCCAUAAAUCCAUGUAUUAUUAUAUAUGAAUAUAUACCCCCCUCCCCCCCUGUUCUUUUAACCUUUAUUUUUAUUGUAGUUUAUGGUGAAGUGAUGAUUGUGUUGAAGAAAUGCUAUGUAGAAUACAGAAAAAAAAUUCCUUUUUUUGUUGGACAAACUGCUUGCAAAUCUGUGUUAUUUAGUAUUUACACAUCCUGCAUUUGCAUAUCUGUGUUAUGGUUUUACUGCUGCGAAUUGUCACUUGAAAAUGUAAAUAAAUAUAAUAAACACACACACAAUCAUCCACAUGCAGUCAUGACAAAGCACAAAAUGCCAUCCAAAAACACAAGUUUUAAGAAGUAUGCGUAGCUUUUAACAAAUCCCAAAGUAUGAAAAUUCACAGCUACAUAUUUAGAUGAACCCAACAUGUAGACAAUCCAGAGAAAUCUCCUUUUCCAGCAGUUCCGUGAUUAUGUUUUAACAAGCAGGAAAAACCCAGCCUGUAUUAGACUGUUCCCAUGGUCCUGAAGAGGUAUAAACAGAAUGAUGUAAUAUUUCCUACCGUCCUUUCCUCUCUCUGUCCCUCCCACCCUCAUCAUUCUUUUUCCCCUGUUUUUCUCUCUCCCUGAUGCAAUCUCAUUAGAUUGGAUUGCCCCCUGGCCACAAAACCCAGUGGCCAUGUGGCGUUGCAUCUUCUUCCCCACCCCCCAUUCCCAUUCCCUUUUCCUUAUACUGAUUCCUCUGGAGUGGAAGGGGUCUGAUUGAUGUCCAGCAACCCUAUAUCACAGCGCAGGCCUCUAUUUCCAGUUGGUAGCUUCAGUCAUGCCAUAUAGCCUGAUCAAUCAGUGACCCCCACUGUGCAUACUGAUCGCUGUCUCAGAAAUUCAAAAACACUUUUCCAAAUUACAGAACAACCCCUGCCCCAAGCGGAAUUGUCUAGGUAAUGCAAACAAUAAUUCAUUUGGUAAUUACAGAUAUAAAAAUGACAACCAGCUGCAACAUUUUGAUUCCCUGCCCCCCCCCCCCUGUAUUUCUCAGUUUGUCCAACAAAACAAGCUUUUAUUUUGUACAUUUGGAUCUGUUAUCACAGUAACUUUGUUCUUGGUUAUUGUACAUUUUCUGUAACCAUUUCUACCUCAUUUUUGCGGCAUAUUGUACAUGAAAGUAUUUAUUUCAUGUCUUUUUUGAUGUCUGUUUAAAAAAUAAUUAUGUUCUUGAACUGUAAUAGUCUACCUCAGA